AUGGCCAAUUCGACCCAUUCAACGCUGGAAUCGCUAGAUUCGGCCCUUGCGUCGAUGCUCGCCGACUGGUCAUUCUCCACCACCGCGUUGGCCGUUACAAUCAUCGCUUUGCUCCUCUACCCGCUGUUUACAUCCUCCGAUCCCGACACACACCCGCUACUCCUCGCACGUCAGGCACAAGCCAGUCCCGUACGCAAGCGUGGUCAGUCAGCUUUCUACCGCAGUCCGGAGAGUCCACAUGGAUACCCACUCAAGUCGGGCCUCAAUGUCAAGGACGCCGGUGCCCCACGAUGGGCCAGUGGGAAGGAUGGCGACUUGCGUGAUGUGUGGCGAGAAGUUGUGAGGGGCGGGAGCGUCGGUGCAGAUGGCAAGACGAUCCCAGCAGGACUCAUCAUGAGUGUGUUUGGCAAGGCAGAAGUGGUCGAGCAUCAAGCCGAGGAGAUAUCCAAGGAGAUCAACAUCGUGGGCCAAAAGUUCAAGAAUGCCGGCGUGAAGAAGCUAGCCAUAUAUCUGCCCAACAGCAUCGAAUACCUUAUAGCUGUCUUCGCUUGUACGUUCUAUGGUAUCACGCCCGUUCUUCUGCCAUUCAACCUACCGCAUUCCAAGGUAUACGAGCUCUUGAACUCUACUGAAGUCGAUGGUCUGGUCGCCGCAGCGGGUACCCUCCCAAUGGACGAACUUACGACGCAAGUCUCGACCCUUCGACUCCUCACGUGGGUUGUUGAGCCUGCCAGCCGGCAUAUCGACUGGAACGAAUUGCCUGCCAAAGCCUCUGAUCGUGUGACUGUUAACGUCUGGCACGAUGUCAUCGAAGCAGAGAAGGCAUCUGCGAACAGCUCUCUCCCACCCAAUACGCCUGAUGAGACCGUUCCCAACGUCAUCACGAUCUGGCAGCCUGCGGAUAUCCAAUCGAAGCCCACGAUCACAUCCUUCACUCAAGCCAACAUUGUCGCCGCGACGGCGUCACUCAUCACCGCCAUUCCUCUACGACAACGCCUCACCCCAUCCGAUCUGGUCCUCCCAGCCGAUCACUUCUCUCACUCCUACGUCCUCUGCAACACGUUUGCUGCUCUGUUCGCCCACGCUUCCAUCGCCAUCAACAGCGUCGCCGCACCAGGCGUGGAUCUUUCACUCGCCUCCCGUUCUGUUUCACCCACCGUAAUUAUCGCUUCAGCUGAAUCACUCGCGACCCAGUACGCCCGGGAAACGGCCGGCGUAACCAGCGCUUUGCAGAAGUUCGGAAAGUACACUCAAGACCAGACCGUCUCCGCAGGGCGCAUGCCGACGGAUGGCCUCCUCUUCCGCCUUCUCGCGCCGAGUAACAAUGAACCUGGCAAGCUACGCCUCAUUCUGACCAGCGACCGCCUUCGGGACUCUCCUGUUCUGACGAGUGCGAUGCUCAGCGAUCUCCGAAUAUUCACCCGCAGCAGAAUAGUAUACGCGCUGACUGCGCCUGGAGUUGCGGGUGCCGUCGCACAGACUAACGUCUUUGACUAUCGUAGCUCUGCCGGGAGCGCUCACAAUCACUUCGGAGUUCCUCUGGCUUGUGUAGAAAUCAGGUUGGAAAGUGGGAACGAUGCCGAUUUGGAGGGCACGGAGCCAAAGGGCGAGAUUGUCGUCUCCGGGCGCAGUGUUGUAGGUGGAGAGACGAGGUUGGGUGUAAAGGGGAGGAUCAGAGAGGAUUGCACGCUUGCUUAUGCUUGA